AUGUACUCGACCCAUACGUUCCAGGGACGGAAACUUUCAGAGCUAGAACGCAGUCGCGUCCUGGAAUUUCAGGACAGCAUUCACUACUCGCCGCGUUAUUCUGACGAUACACACGAGUACAGACACGUAAUGCUGCCCAAGGCAAUGCUAAAGGUCAUACCUUCUGACUAUUUUAAUGGAGAUACAGGCACUCUGCGCAUAUUGACGGAGGACGAGUGGCGUGGACUCGGAAUCACACAGUCGCUUGGCUGGGAACACUACGAGUGUCACGCACCCGAACCUCACAUCUUACUUUUCAAGAGACCACUGAAUUACGAGCAGGAGUUGCGUGCCGCCCAUGCGGCAGCCGCUGCUGCUUCACAGCAACAGCAGCAGCAGCAACAGCAAGUAGGGAGAUAA